GGUAAAUAAAUUUAUCCAAUACGGUUGAUUAAACAAUGAUAUACAUUAAUGGUAAGAUAAAGUGUGACAUCUGCAGCUUUUUUUUUUAGCCUAUUGCUUAUUGCUUAUAAAAACGUUUAUAGAUAUAAGUAGAUGUUUGUCUGAAACAAACGACAAUUGUUAUCUCAUGAAAUACUGUGCGUUGAAAGUGAUUGGUACUAAUAUGUUUAAUUGGUGUGAUCAAGGAAUAUUGUUUCAUUUAGUAUUCUAUUAUAUGAUAUACAGCUUCUGUAAUUCCUUCUUUAUCGAAUGCUAUAAAUGCUUUGACCCUGAUUUACCAGUUGAACAUGGACUCUAUGUUAUAAAGAAUGUCAAGACCAUGAUAGAUAAUGAGGAUCACGUAUUAGCAACAAUACCUCCAGGGUUUUCUGUGAGACAAUCGACAAUACCUAACGCAGGUCUUGGAGUAUUUGCAGAAACGACCAUUCCUAAUGGGACCAGACUAGGACCUUACAAUGGUGCCUUAUCAAAAGACUUCGAUGGCGACGACUGGACAUAUAUAUUUCUGGUCGCAUAUGACAAUGGAGAAACAAAGCAUCAUAUAGACGCCAAAAACAAAACAAAAUCUAGCUGGUUAAGAUACAUGAACUGUGCACGUACGAUCGACGAAGAGAAUUUAGAGGUGCAUCAAUACAACUAUGAGAUAUAUUAUGUAACUAACCAAUGUAUAAAACCUGGGACAGAGUUAUUAGUUUGGUAUGGGGAUUCCUAUGGUGAAUUGUUAGGUCUAGAAAGGACAAGUGAUGAUGACGAUUAUGCUGAAUUGUCUGGGAAAAAUAUUAUUGUAGGAACAAUGAAUACAAUAAAAGAACCAAUCCAAAGAUACAGCUCAAGCUGUUAUAAACUGUACGAACAAGAACCGUUUAAAAAAACAGGUUAUUCAGAAUUAUGUGUCGUUCAAAAGAAUUUUGAACUAUGCAAAUUUGUUCUUUGUGAAAGAAAUCCAUGCUCCAAACAGUUUGACUGUAAUAAAUGUAAAGGAUAUUGUUUUCACUUUGGAAGAUACAUAAAGACAAAUCAAGAAUUUAUACAUACUGAUAACGUGAAUAAAUGUAACUGUCAUAUGACCGGAAGAUGGAGUUGCACUAAUGCGCAUGCCAGCGUUGAAGCUAUUUGUACAUACUGAAUGUCAGUAAAACUUUGUGAAGGACGGUUGGUUCUGUCAAUGUGAUGCACGAUGACGUUAUUAUAUAGCUUGGCUCUAUAUUGAGAAAACCUUUAAUAUUUGAUGUUUCUCUUUUAUAUUUUUUAUAUUUAUUUGCCAUCUUUUUUUUUACUUAUCUAUUUUAUUCUUUUAACAUUUUCAACAGUUGUACUAUUUUUACCUAUGAAUUUCAAUAUGUGGUCACAUCUUUUAAUCUGACGUUGAUAUAUGUAAACCUUAAAUAAAGGCAACAGUAGUAUACCGCUGUUCGAAGGUAAUAAAUCGAUUGAGAAAAAAACAAAUCCUGGAUACAAACUACAUCUGAAAGAAACACAUCAACUAUAAGAGGUAAACAAGGAAACAAAAGAACCACUAAAGAGCAACAAAAAACCAAACGACAAUACAACACACUUAGAAACAAACUAUAAGAUAUGUGAGCCAAGACUCCGUCUUGAAGACCAUACUUUGACAUAUUAUGGUUUACUUUUAUAACUUGUGACUUGGAUUGAGAGGUGUCACAAUUGGCACUCACACCACAUCUUCUGACAUCUAUGAUUAAGCUUUUUCCGCAGUUCAAGGGAUAAUCAGUUUAGAAGAGUCAUAUCGAAGUAUGGUGUUUACAUGUCUCAACCGAUACCUUAUUCUCGUGACUGUUUACACUAUACGUAUUUUAUAUAAAGCAGUGUGCUCCUUACUUAGAAACUGAUUCAAUAUAUUGAUGAGGAGAACAGAAUAACAAGCGUGUACAGGCUGAAGUGUCUUGUUUUUUCCACAACUACCACACAAACGUAACAUGAUCAAAAAAAGGAUUCGAAGGUCAAGUAAACCAAACAAAAAAUACAUGUACACCUUGCAAUCAUUCAAUACACUCAUGUUAGUUGACCUAUUGCUUAUAGUAUCUAAGAAACACACUUUGUCAUAUGAAUUUCUAGGGGAAAAGCGUUCAUAUUGUUACCUCGUUGAGUUGACUACAAGCAGGUAUUUGACUCCGUAUACUAAGCUUAACAUUGACCAAUGAACCACAAUGAUGAGGUCAAAUUCAGAUGAUAUCUGCAAACGAGAUGCUCCGUGUUGAAGGCGUACAUUGACCUAUAAUGGUUUACUUUAAUAAAUUGUUAUUUGGAUCGACAGUUGUCUCAUUGGCACGCACACCACAUCUUCUUA